AUGGCCACCGCCGUCCUGCCCAACCCGAAGCCCUCCGCGCCCUUCCACAGGUCACCGCGGGUCGCGGCGAGCUCACCCAUCCCCUCCUCGUCCUCCUCGCACUCCCCAGAUAGCCCGGCCCCAUCCCCAGAGCCCUCGACGAAAGCUUUUCGCCGUCUCAAAUCGUCCCUCGAGCAGAGCAUCAGGACUGCUACACGUUCCAAAAAGGCCCCGCCCCCCGUCGACGAGUUUGCCACUCUCACUGCAAAGGGCAAGGGCAAGGCAAAGGAUGAGCCGCCGCCGCCCCAGGAGAAGGAGAGGGAGAAGAUGGGCAUGCUCAGAAGAGUCACCUUCCGUCGCAGGGAGUCGGCGACCCCUUCGCCCAACCCGCCCACAAACCAGGGCCGAGUCGCGGGGGUCACGAGUUUCAUCACACCGUCAAUGAGGCUUGCCUCCAUGUCCUCGCCCGCCCUGCAUUUGUCAUCCCAGGCACUCCCCUCGCCAAAGUCCCAGCCUGCUGUCCCCCUGUCCUCAUCGAGCAACACAGAUGGCCUCGUGUCUCCUACACGACAACGCUCCUCCAAGCCCAGCCUGCAGCUAAACACACAUGCACAGCACUCCGCCGCCUCCAAGGAGCCCUCUACUCGCCAUCGAUCCUCUUCAAAGUCCAACGCACCCGUUCCACCGUCCCCCUCAUCGCCCUCUCUUCCCCUGCACGGUUCAUCCACCCCUACUCGCCCACGCAAAGAUCGAGAUCGAGAUACCCCAGAUACCCCUUCUCCUCGAGGAAACGGACACCUCGCACGGGGUACGUCUCUGCGACCAUCGCCCAUCACCCCACGUGCAGCGCCUUCCAGUGCCCUCCGUCCCCGAUCCCCUUCAGCUGCCACCAGAUCCACCCAAGUCACUCCUCCAAGAGGAUUAACCUCGGCCUCCGCAACCCAUCUUCCGCUCACAUCCUCACCGAGUCCCCCUCCGACGCCGACCCGCCGGCGUCCCUCACUAGACCCUUCCAAGCGUCCCUCCUUAGAUGCACCCCGUCGGCCGUCCAUAGACGCUACACCACGCCGUUCAUCUCGCGAUUCACCUAUCGGUUUGCGAAGAAAUGAAUCCCCAUCACCGUCGCCCGUUAUCCGGCCGAGAGCAAUAUCACCAACUCAGCGUUCUUAUGCGCAGAAUAGACAUUUCAAUAUAUCUUCGGGUUCCUUGGUUCUGUCAAAUAAUCAUCCACCUCCUACUCCUACUCGGGGCGAGGACGCCACGCCCCGAGAUCUCAUCCGCACGGCCACGACCCUGAUCUGCAAGCAGGUACAGAAGCCACCUCAUCACAUGUGCCGCACCGAGCAAGGGAUAAGAGAUUGGGAAGAAGUCGAGGUCAGGACUAGAAAUCUUGUUCGCCUUGAAAAAGGUUGGGCGAAAGGUGUUGCAUCAACGGCAAGACGGAGUUCUGUGGAUGUCACCUCUUCGGGUUUAUCAGGAGAGGACAAGGAACGAAAACUGUUUUGCGAGGCACUAAGAGAUGGUUAUGUGUUAUGCCAAUUGAUGAACAAGUUACGACAAAGUUCGAUUGUGCGCCCAGACGCGCGUGAAGACGGCGUUGUACGCACAGCAAACGUGACCAAAUUUCUCGCGGCAUGCGCGUCGUAUGGGCUACCGUCUGAGGAUCUCUUUUUACGCGACGAUUUAAUGGAGAUUACGAAUAAUAAAGAUGCAGCGGUUAGAGUAGCGAAGACGGUUAUCAAACUGGUCGCGUUUUCCGAAGAGAGUGAAGAAGAUCGGAUACGUGAGAGGCAGAAGGGGAAGUGGAUUAGGGGUGGUGGCAUGAGUCCCUCUCAUUCGCAUUCGCAAUCUUCAGGGGGUGGUCAGCUCUCGUCUUCAGCGUCUACGUCGGGGAGUAGAAGUCCAUACGGCACGAUUGGUUCAAUAUCCUCGCGCGGGUCAGCUUCAACACCGAAUUUGUUGGCAGCCCAUCAAAUAUACCAACCCCCAUCAUCCCCAACGCGUAAACGGUGGAGCCCGCCCGAGGACAUGACACCUUUGCGAUCAAGUAGCCCAGAGAAUAGCGUCCACGGGAGUGGAUCUGGGUCGGGGUCGACAGUUGCCGAUGCUACGGCAAGAGAAGCCAGUCGGUCGAAGCUAGUAAUUAACUCACAGAAGGGAGCCAAGGUGGUUAGAGGACGAGGCACCUAUGAGUUUGAGGAGGAAGAAACAGGGGAAGAAGAUGAAGAUGCCGGAGAGGAGGCGGAGUUUAAAACAGCGCCGGUCCCUAUGAUGGGACCACCACCGCCGCCCCGCUCUCCUCUGCGCAAGCCGUCCAUGAAACGCGUCGAGGAUGCAUCAGGUUUGGCACUCGCAAAUUCGAGGGUCACUUCGUCUUCUCCGAAUAAGACGCCCGUGACGGCGGCGGUAACACCGACGAAACGCAGGGUUUCUGCCUCUGCAUCUUCCACUUCCGGAGGACUCACAGCAUCUCCUUCUAUUUCCACCUCUGGUACAGUAGCAGUACCUACGUCACCUUCUCUACGUGACUCCAUAGCAGACUCAACCAGAGCAUCCAUAGGAGAUGCGUCUAUCAGGGAUGAACUGAUCCUUCCUUCUACUAGUAGGCCAGGGCAUGGAUAUGGACACCCUCCACACCCUGGUUCUCCAGGCCUCGGUUCUGGGCUCUCGCAGCAAAGGAUGCAGAUGCGACAGAGUAUUGCAUCGUCCGCGCUGUCAGUCGCUGUAUCGGAAGCAGAGACGACGUUGACAAGCGCCAAGUCGAGUUUGUUGGAUGGCGGGAGGAGUAGUAGCUUGUUUGGAGGUGGGCAAAGUGCGGGCAAUGGGUAUGGUUAUGGAUACAGCGGCAGUACUGGAAAUGGAAAUGGCAAUGGCAGCCACCACAAGUACGGCACGAUCAGAACGGUGACGACGGAUUUCACGAGCGAGGCACCGUCGAUAUCGAGGACUGAGGGAAGUGCGAUGAGCGAGGAACUCGAGGCAAUGCUGGCGAUGAAGCGCCGGGUAUCGGGUGAUAGUCUGGGGAACAGUAUUGGGAAUGGUAAUGGAAACGGGCAUGGGAAAUAUAGCAGGGAGCGAAAGUUGAGUGAAGCACCGUUAUUGGACCUGUCGCGAGUAGCGGAGGAAGCAGAAGAGACCGUAUCGUCAAAGGGACAGCGUGGUGCGUAUACGAAGAGGGCGCCGAUGGUGUUGCAAGGCAGGUCGAGAUCGCAGGAGCAGAAUAUCUUUCCUCCUCCAACCGGCGACAAACCAACUGCUGUGUACCUGCGAAAGGGGAAAUGGCCUGAUGACUUUCUCGAUGCGUUCCAAGCGCCUGUGAAUCCUGCUUCUUCUUCUGCCCCUAUAUCUUCCUCUUCGCAACCGCAAAAUAAGACUCAACCUCAAUCGAUCCCCGCCAAAUCACAGCAUCAUCAUCAACGUCAUCCAUAUUUGCAGGACAGAGAGGAAUCGCCGUCGCCGUCACCCUCGACACCCGUGUCAAUAUCACCGCCGCGGAAGCUGGCGAUUGUCUCGAGGAGAGUAUCUGGAGAGGGUGUGGGAGAUGGGCCGUAUGCGCAGUUGCCUAGGAGGCCGACACAUAGGCCCAGGCAUAGUAUAGAUUCACCUGUUGGAGUGGGCGGAGGGAAUGGCGGAUUGAAUGGGAAUGUAGGAGGGAGUGUGCUUCUGCCGAAAGAGUCAAUAUUGCGGCGUGAAGCAAGCCCUGACAGUGCCUCUGUGUCUUCGUCGGGCAGAGUCGUGAUCAGGCGAAAUAGUACCAAACCUGGAGUUGGAUCUACCUCAGCUAACAGCGGCGUCUCUGGGCGGAUGGCGAAGGGUAGCAAUGGCCUGGAGGACCCGCCUAGCUCCGCCGGGAGCGUGCCUUUUCCCCGGUCGAUUUCUGCGUCGGGGGAUCCUUCGCCUCGAUCCUCAUUUGGUGAAAAUGUGGGCGAACAACCGCGCAUGGUCAGGGGCAGAUUCCAGAGUGAUGUGGAAGGGAGUGCUAGGAGAAAGGCGAGGCCGAGCUCGUAUGAUGAGUUGGGUGGAAGACCACAGCGUUCGAGAUUUGAAAGUAUGGUGAAUUUGGGUGUUGCAUCUGGUACGACAAGUGCUAGCGAUUUGAUGUCUCGAGACUCGAUAGAUGGGAGCGCAGUCAGGAUGAGGCUCGUGGUACGGGAAGAUGGAAAGCCGCCAACGCAUUUUCAAUUGGGGAAUUGCAUUGGACGUGGUCAAUUUGGGUCGGUGUAUCGUGCAUUGAAUCUCAACACCGGGCAAAUGGUCGCCGUUAAGCGUAUCAGAUUGGAGGGCCUCAAGGAGGAGGAGGUUACUACCCUCAUGCGAGAAGUUGAUCUCGUCAAGAGCUUGUCUCAUCCAAGCAUAGUCAAAUAUGAAGGCAUGGCACGAGACGAUGACACACUGAGCAUCGUUCUAGAGUAUGCUGAGAACGGAUCCCUCGGUCAGACGCUCAAAUCAUUUGGCAAGCUCAACGAAAAGCUGGUUGCCAGCUACGUGGUAAAGAUCCUCGAGGGUUUGCACUAUCUCCAUACUAGCGAUGUAGUGCAUUGUGAUCUAAAGGCGGCUAAUAUAUUGACGACCAAGAACGGGAACGUGAAGCUUUCUGAUUUUGGAGUUUCGCUUAAUCUCCGAGCGAUGGAGAGGGAGAUCAAGGACGUUGCUGGGACACCGAAUUGGAUGGCACCAGAAGUUAUUGAACUGAAAGGGGCCUCUACAAAGUCGGAUAUCUGGUCUUUGGGGUGUACCGUGAUCGAGCUUUUGACAGGCCGACCACCAUAUGCUGAUAUUGCCAAUAGCAUGUCUGUGAUGUUCCGAAUUGUUGAAGACGAAAUGCCACCCAUGCCAGAAGGUUGCUCAGAGCUACUGAAAGACUUCCUGGAGCAGUGUUUCCAUAAGGAUCCUACACGCCGACCUGAUGCAGAGACUCUGUGUGAGCAUCCUUGGCUAAAAAACAACUGGGUAGCUCUCAAGGAGCUGCGGCCACAGGAUAGCAUACCUUUCCUGCGGCGGGUCAGCACGGAUCUUCAUAAAUCGGAUGCUGUCAGAUAUCUAGCGCAGAUGGAUUUACCUGAUACUCCAAUUUCUGGAUCGCCCAUGCGUGAUUCCCCUAUGGGACGUCGUACCUCUGCGUCAUCUGUGCGACCAGUUGAACCCGACUUUUUACCCCGCGAACACACAUUUGUAAAGACUACCUUUAGCAAACCGAUGGUGUGUCGGGUGUGUUUGGCCAAUGUGAAAAAAAGCGCGGUUUUAUGUUCUCAAUGCAGUCUCAUAUCACACGCAAAAUGCGCUAUUAAUGCCCCUCCGACUUGCGACCUUCGAGCGCAACUGCUUUUAUAUGCGCAGUAUGCGGAAAAGGGAAACCCCGCUAGCGCAUACUCCAAUCCCGCAGAGGGUCUUGAUGUGGGUCAAAACGUCGCCAUGUCAGAUGUGCCUUUUGUCGAGCAUAACACUCCAAGGACCAGUGUGGAUUCGCCACAGCCUCCUCUAUUGGCUUCAUCCAAUGCGGUCGACCACCCGCCAACUGCAUUCAAAUUCAUGGCCGCAUUCAAGCGAUCUCGCUCCAAUCUAUCACCCGAGCCUGCUGCAGCGUCUGCUUCUUCAUCACCUGUUCCAACACCUCCCUCUAAAGACUCGGACGAUGCUCCUGCCAAAAGGCGCGUGCUUCAGAGGCGCUCAGAUCGCCCUCAGUCUAUGACCAGCAAUAGUACGACGCUGAGCAGUAUGCGAAGUGCCGCUACUGCCGCCGAGAGUUUUUCCAGUCGACAGAACACUGGACCACGAUCGCAUAUAUCCGGUGGUGCCGAGUCCGACAAGUCCAAAAGACCUGCUUCAGAGGGUGGGUUGUUGGAUAAGUCACGAUCUAACAAAGCUGCUCCUUCUGGGCGGCUGGAGAAUACGACCACCACGAAAACUAGAACGACACAUAACGACUUACAUGAUGAUAUCCACACAAAUAAUCUGCCAGGAGCUCUUCCUAUAGAUCCUCGCAAUAGGAACAAGAAACAAAAAAAUAAUAAGUCGCCAUCUUCCUCUUCUUGUAACCUUCAAUAA